CUCCACCAAUCCACUUCACCGGAAUCGUCCAUCACUUCCACUCACUCCAGCCGGCUUCCCUUCCCUUCCCCGGAGAAGAAAACAAGCGAUGGCUCCUCCGGGCCAACUGCUCCCCUUGAUCCGCUUUCUCCUGCCGCCUUCCCCUCCUCCCUCAGUAUCCGGCCGCCGCCGCCGCCCUACUCCGGCCCUCUGCCGGGCCCUACCUCCGCCUGCAUGGCUGCCCCACGGCCGUCCGCCGCAGGCGCCUCCGCUUCCUUUUGCGCUGUCCCGGCGUUUGUACAGGCCCCCUUCUCUCGCUCCGGCGCUUCCUGGGGCUUCGUCUGGCGGCGGAGCCGAGGCACAGACGCGGGCGGUGUUGGCGGAGUUCGUGACGUCUGAGAGGGUGAAGGUGGCGGCGAUGCUGGGGCUGGCGCUCGCGCUCUGCAACGCAGACCGCGUCGUCAUGUCCGUCGCCAUCGUGCCGCUCUCACAGGCGUACGGAUGGACCCCGUCCUUCGCCGGCGUCGUGCAGUCAUCCUUCCUUUGGGGUUAUCUGGUAUCGCCAAUAAUUGGUGGAACACUUGUCGACUACUAUGGCGGAAAGCGAGUUAUGGCUUAUGGUGUGGCGCUUUGGUCGUUGGCUACAUUCCUGUCCCCUUGGGCAGCUUCUCGCUCUCUUUGGUUGUUCCUCUCAACUAGAGUUCUGCUGGGUAUGGCAGAAGGGGUGGCACUGCCAAGUAUGAACAACAUGGUGUUGAGGUGGUUUCCUCAGACAGAGCGAUCAAGUGCUGUUGGGAUUGCGAUGGCUGGUUUUCAGCUUGGCAAUACCGUUGGUCUACUUCUUUCCCCUAUCAUCAUGUCACGAGCUGGAAUUUUUGGACCAUUUGUGAUAUUUGGAUUAUUUGGAUUUCUAUGGGUAUUGGUGUGGAUAUCUGCUAUAUCAGGGACUCCGGGUGAAAGCGCACAAAUAUCAGCACAUGAGCUAGAUUAUAUAACCAGGGGUCAGAAAUUGGUAAAAACUCAAGCUGGAGGCGAAAGACUACGAAAGGUCCCUCCUUUCAGCAAACUACUCUCCAAAUGGCCAACAUGGGCUUUAAUUUCUGCAAAUGCUAUGCAUAGUUGGGGUUAUUUUGUCAUCCUUUCAUGGAUGCCUGUGUAUUUCAAAACAAUAUAUCAUGUUAACCUGAGAGAAGCUGCAUGGUUUAGUGCACUCCCCUGGGUCAUGAUGGCAGUUUUAGGCUAUGUUGCGGGUGUUGUAUCAGACAGGCUUAUCCAAAAUGGCACAAGCAUCACUUUAACUCGAAAGAUAAUGCAGACGAUUGGCUUUUUGGGUCCUGGUGUGGCUCUUCUUGGACUAAAUGCAGCAAAGAGUCCAAUUAUUGCUUCAGCUUGGCUUACUAUUGCUGUAGGUCUGAAGUCCUUCGGUCACUCAGGUUUUCUAGUAAACCUCCAGGAGAUUGCUCCACAAUAUGCUGGAGUGUUACAUGGAAUGUCAAAUACAGCUGGAACAUUUGCUGCCAUUUUAGGAACUGUUGGAGCUGGUUUUUUUGUUGAUCGCAUGGGUUCUUUCCGUGGAUUUUUAAUAUUAACAUCUCUUCUAUACUUAAGUAGCACACUGUUCUGGAAUAUAUUUGCUACUGGAGAGCGUGUUGAUUUUGAUGGCACUGGCUAGCACGUAGUACUAAGUGGAGAUCUACAGCUCCUAUGCUGGGAUAUGAUGAUGAUUGGUUGGAGGGCUGUGUGCCAUCAUCUUCUGAUAUGCUAUUGCAGUGUUCCAUGAACACACAGGCAAACAACUUUGGUCAUGACAUCUAUCGACCAUGACAUUGUGCUUCAAGCUAGUAGUAGCGGUGAAUGGCCUUAUCUUGAUGUAGAGUAGGAAGAAAAAUGAAACCAGCUACUGAGACCAUUCUAGUUUUUCUAACAUGGAUAGUCCAAAAUGUGAGUCAAGGACAGCUGAUCCAGUUACACACAACAGAUUUUUUUUUUUGGGGGUGGGGGGGGGG